AUGGAGCAGCCUAUAGCUUGUGUCAGUUCAAGACCUAGAGACUUCAGUGUCGCAGACUUCCAGUGCAGCGUCUGUUAUAAAUGGUUUCACCUAGACUGCAUUGCUUUCAACAUAGGGUUAGUUGUAUUUUGCCGUUCACCCCUCCUUAAAUUAUGUAGAAAAUCCUUGCCAUUUCUAACGGCCUACCACUUUAUGUGCAAGAAGUGUAAUUCUAAUGGUGAAGAGGUCUUCUCAAGGAAACAAGCGAACUUUGCAGUGAUGUGCCAAACGGCACUAGCCAACCUGAUGUGGAGACAUGGCGGGCGGUUAUAUUUCUCGAAAGAAAAAGAGCUGAUCCCCUUUCUGGAAGAAUUCUGGGAGGAACUGACCACACAACCACGAAAGUCCAACAACUCAUGGUAUCCGAACAUACACAAAACUUUGACUAGCAGCGAUGCUUUCAAGACAGUUGAUGUCGGCGAGGAUUUGGUCGUAUGCCUUUCAAAUACGGAUAUAGGGAAAAUGGGCCCGAGCUACGAUCGGUUUCGGGCGCUUACUAGUCAACUUCGUACCAACAUAAGCAAGUUGGGUCUCCCAAGUGCACUUGGGACUUCUGGACAGGGAUUAAAUGACUCGGCUGAUGCUAACACCGCCAGCUUUGCGGCUGACCAGGAUGGUGCUGGUGAUGUGGUCGGUUGGCGGAAACGGAAAUCACCUGGUAGUGGAACUGCUAUUUCUGGUCAAAUUAGUGCCAGUGGGUCUUCUGGUGUUUACGGACCGAGUGGUAACGGAACAGCUGCUGGCUUCAAUGCGGAACAUGUUGGCUCCGGUACGGGUGUCGGGUUAGACUCCAGUACAGAUUUUCUAAUGAGGACCGGUACUGGGCGGCUUAACGGUACUGGGGCGCCAGUCACAAGUGGCGGGCUUGGUGGCAGCUUGGUUCGGUCUACCCGUCGUGCUGGUGGAGUUCCAGGUCUAUGUGGCGCGGCUGCAGUAGGUGGUGGUCCGUUUUGUGGUCCUGACGAAGGUCGAGCAAAGUUGAACGCUCUAGGAUUCCCCAUUGACCAUCCGUUAAACAAAGAGGGGUACAGAUACAUACUUGUGGAGGUAGACAAACAUGCUUCCGGACGAGAUCUUUGGGACGAAUGUGAGCAUACCGCUGGAAAACCGAUUCCUGGACUAUUUUAUCGCGUGUAUCUUAGCCCCCAAGUUGUCAUUUCAUUGAAUGAUCGUGCCAAUCAUUUGAAGCUUCACGAAUCACAAUUGAUGAUCACUGGGGACAAAGGUUACUGUAUGGCACGCGCAACUCAUGGUGUUCAUACUGGAACUUGGUACUUUGAAGCAACGAUAACGGACCAACCAGAAGGUGCAGCCACUAGGAUUGGUUGGUCCCAAGUUUUAGGAAACUUGCAAGCACCUUGUGGUUAUGACAAGUUCAGCUACUCCUGGCGAUCUCGCUUUGGUACUGUAUUUCACGAUUCACGUGGUCGACACUAUGCUGAUUCGGGCUACUCGAAGGAUGAUGUUAUUGGCUGUAUGAUUCAUUUGCCCACAAACACGGGCAAUGCCUUGACGUCUUCGGAAAAUAAGCCAACCAAACCAAACGAGCCAACAGAUAGUAUGGACUCUGCUGAAUCGCUUUCAGUCAGCGAAGCGCUUGCCAAAGUAAACGCCGCAUCGGGUCGCUCAACUAAUGUAGGUUCAAAAACGCGUCCUUUGAUGGUCAACCAGUUAUUGGAAACCUACAAGGAUCGUCCUCUGAUCAAAUUCCGUAAUUCAUAUUACUUCGAGGAGAAGGAUGAACCGACCAAGGCAGAGAAGGCACUUCGGGCACUACCUGGAAGUAAAAUCACUUUCUAUCGAAAUGGUGAAUGUCAAGGUACUGCGUUUACUGACAUCUAUGCCGGCCUCUACUAUCCCGCAAUCUCGAUCUACCGGUCUGCGACAGUUUCAGUAAACUUCGGGCCCAACUUCAAAUACCCCCCGCCACGUGAUGAAGCGGAUUGGCAGCCUAUGUCGGACAGACGUGAAAGUGCAGCAGUGGAGCAAACGCUUUCCGAUAUGUUGUAUCUAGUGGAGAAGGACGGUAUGGUUGAGCGUUUGAUCAAAUCCUAUGAGGUUGCAUCGUAACAAUGCCUGCUUUCCAGUUCGCAUUUUUCAUCGUUUCCAAAGAUGCUUCCUGCUUGAAUCGGGCUAUUUCUACGGGUUUUUGCUGUACUUAAGUCGACUUUUUGCUCCUUGUCGAUAGCUGACCAGUGUAUGUUCGACAUCCAUGCGCUCACAGUUUCAUGAUUUUGUAUAUUAUAUUCUUGUAUUUACACCACAACCUCGACUUCCUGUCUUCACGAACCGUUGGGUGUUGAUAAUAUCCCAUCGGAUUUGAAUUUCAUGUUAAACGAUGCUCUAUUCGUCCAUAAUUUUACCAUUCCUUGGUUUUAACAAAUCGUGAAAUAAAGUAAGGUACCC